AGCCAGCACAUUGUAGUAACAUUAAGCUGGAUCGAUAUUGAAAUGUAUCAAUAAAUAAGGUUUCUAGCCGUUUUUCAAAGUCAAGGAUCCUUCCUUGGUAGGACUGGUCCUUCCAAGUCAGGUCCUUCAGAGGCUAGGCGUGGCUCCUCCUUAACAUUUGGAGAGCACAUAAAUGGAACAGGCUAGUGAGGGUGCGUCAUUGCAUAAUUACGUCAGUAAAAAGGUCCGCCCUUGGCACUGCAAUUCAACAGUGGACAAAAAUGGAUGUGCUACUGGUUUGUUUGCUGUUCAGCGUCUUUACUGAGAUUGAGCUGGAGUUGGUGAGGGAGCAUCGGCGUCAGGGUGCCCGCAGUAGGAGAAGGUUGAUGUGUCACCACCUCUGCCGACAAAGACGUGGGAUGGCUUGGCAUUACUGUGCUAUCAAUGCCACAGUGCUAGUACUGCAGCGGUACUAUGGAGGGGAGGACACCUGCCCAGACUUCAGACUGGGAAGAGAGGCCAUGCAGCAGCUCAUGGUGGCCCUCAAGACCGAGAGGCAGCAUGAAUGGGUCACGACCCUUGAGACGCUCGUGUUCCUGUUCUGGCUGCCCACCGUUUCAGCCUAUAGAGUUGUCUCCAGGGUCUUUGGAAUGCCUCUUCCCACGGUACACAGAGUUGUCCACAGGAUGGUGGAUGAGGUGGUGGCUGUGCUCCCCCAAUUUGUCCACUUCCCCCGCACACAGGAGGAGCUCCAGAUGGUCGGGGAUGGUUUUGCCCGGUUGGCUCAUCACAGAGCAUUUGCCAAGUCAGCAGGGGCAGUAGAUGGCUGCCACAUCCGCAUAAAAUGUCCUGGCGGCCCUAAUGGUCACGACUACAACAACAGGAAGCUCUUCCGUCCGUGGUGCUCCAGGCAGUCUGUGACCAUCAGGGUCGCUUUAUUGACAGCUUUGUGGGUUACCCAGGAAGUGUGCAUGAUGCAUGCAUCCUAAAGAACAGCUCCAUCUACACUAGGGGGACUUACCCUCCACCUGGGUAUUUUCUCCUAGCUGAUGAUGGUUACCCAUUUCUACAGGAACCCCUGGCCUUAUCACACCAUAUAAGAGGCCAGUGAGAGGCAUGGCAGAGCAACGGUUUAAUUAUCAUCAUUCCAGAGGUUGCACAAUCAUUGAGCGUGCCUUUGGAAUGAUGAAAACCCGCUUCAGGUGCAUUUUUUUUAGAAGCACUUGAAGUACAUCCACUGUUUGUCCCUAAGGUGGUGACAGCUUGUGUGAUUAUACACAACAUUUGUGUUGGUGUUGGGGAUGAGCUGGAAGAGGCUGUGGAGGAGGAGGACAACCAGCC